AUGUAAAAGAUUUCUUAAGAUAACAUUAUUGAUGGUAAAAGGAAGAGAGUAAUGUCAACUGACGGUGUCUUGGCUUGUGUUACCUCUAAUCUAUUGAAAAAAUCUGUUUAGAAAAAGCCUGUCAAACCAAAGACAUUAUAAACUUAAAAAAAGAGAACAGUCAACCAAUAAGAAUCAGAUAGUUCUGUGGUUCAUGUAGAACAUAAGACUUAAAAGAAAAAAGAUGAAAAAGUUAGAAUAACAAUGAGUGCUCUUAAAGAAUUGAUUAGUUAGCAUUUCUUAAUCAUAGAUGAUGAAGAAUAAAAGUCAUAAUAGCCAAAAAAACAUAUCAAAUAUUAAUAAAAUGAAUCACCAAGUGAAAGUUCUAGUGAAAAUAUUUCAUCAUCAGAACACAUUCCAAAAAGAAAUAAGCAUAAAUGA